UCAGGAGAGUCCUACCUGACUGAUUUGAUGGAUGCACUGGUCAAGCCCAUAGAUUGGAUGUACAAUUCCGGCCUUGUACCAUUACUGUUCACCAUACAGCUUCAGAAAAUAUAUAUUGGUUGCGGAAUUAUAUUGCGGCAAUGAUCAUGAUAGUCACCAAGAAAGAGUGGUGCAGCGGAGGCCUCCUCCAGUCGUCAUCUCCGAGCCUCAGCUUGACAGCCCGAGUGCAGCGGCAGCAACAGGGGCUGUGGUACCUUUGCGAGCGGGCCCUUUGAUGGUAGUGCCACGGCCAGCGCCUAUGGGCACAGCGCUCCUGCCGCCCGCUGUGGCAGGCCCCUUGUCUGCUCUGGCGGGGGCCCCAGACAGACCGCCCCUGAUAUACACCGGUGAUACGGCGUCCAGCUUGGCUGCCCUUCGUCAGGAUAUUGCAUCAAGCUACCGUGCCAUUUGCGGUGCACUUGGUGAACCGGUACGGUCGGACCUUGUCAGUGCCACCCCGCACACGGCAUCGGCGCUCGGCCUACACAUGCCCCUAGCAGCGCGGCUGCCGCUCCUUGCCGGCGGCUCCAGCCUCGUUCCCGCACCGGUGCGGCUACCGCCGGUUCCGCCCGGCCAAGCUGCGGCCCCGGUGUCGCCAACGGCCGGUGUGGCCACGGAACUCGGCACCAGUAUCGGUAUCGAGGGCGUCGGAUCCGGUGGCGACGCGCCAGCCAGAGUCCUCGCUACAGGGGCCUCCCGGACCGGUGCAGGCAGCCGCUUCCCUACAGGGGCCGUCGCAGGGCCCCGCAACCCCAUGAUGGGCGCCCUGCGCUCUCUUAGUGCAGGGCAUGCGGGUAUGACUGCAGCACCUGGUCUGCCCCCGCUGGCCCCGGGCCGUCAAGCCGACGGGCAUUGGCCCAUGGGCCGCCCGGCACCCGGGAGCUUUAGCAGCCGGGGCAGCGGCAGUGGCGGCAUCGGUGACGGCCCCCGGGUUGCUAUGCUGUCAGGCCUCACCCGACCUCAGGAUCCCAGCAGUGAUUUUCUGGGGGAGGAAAGCGCUGUGGUGUACCCGCCCGCAGGUCGCAGCUUCGGUGGCGGUGCGAGUUCUACGGCACAGGCAGUUCUGGGCACGGCAGGGCUGGGUCCAGGGCAGAUGAUCGAUGCCAUGGACGAUUUCCGGUUUCGCGGCGGGGGCAAUAAGCAUAUCAAAAUCGAGGACCUAGACGACCCCUCCCGCCUGGUACCUAGCUUCCGGAGGAACGACGACAUGCAGCUCGAGCUGUUCUUGAAGGAAUACGCGCGUGACCGCAGCAAGCCCAGGCCAGUGCAGCGGGGUAACUCCCGGUUCCAUAUGCCCUUUUAG